GGUAUCGUCACGUCAAAUAAAUAAGUAGAUCUAAGACUAGUCCAAGUCAAAGACAAAGAUUCAUAUUUGUAGAUCCCAGAUCCAUUUUUCUUUUAAAAAUUAGAUGUCUGUGAAUGUGGAGCAAGUCAAAGUUUAUUUUACUAUGCCUCCUACUUAUAAUCUGUAUCAGAUAGUAUACUUACACAGAACUAAUAAAAACCAUGCAUAGGACAUAUUGUUCAUCAGAAUGAAUGAAUUUAUGAAUAAUGAUCAUAUAAUAGAAAAGACAAGUCAUUUUAGUGCUUAUUCUUUGAUGAAUAAGUCAGUAAUGUCAGAAGAUUUAGCUCAAAUUGAGCCCAACUCAAGCAAUGAGACAGGAUUGCAUUGUAGCAGAGGAGCCUUGACUGGAUUUUUGGGACUAUUUGUUCAAGCAGUGCUUGCUUUUCUUGCCUUCACAUCCCUCAUAGUCAAGAGAUAUUGUGAGCCAAAACCUUCAAGACGACCAUGGAUGAUAUGGUUUUUUGACACUUCAAAACAAGGAGUUGGUGCUGCUGUUCUACAUUUUGCCAACCUGUUUUUGUCUGAUGUUUUUCAAGGUGACCCAUGCACAUGGUAUUUUAUCAGCUUUUUGCUCGACUCAACAGUGGGCCUGUUAGUUAUUUAUUUAGGUCUAAAAUCAUGUCAGAUACUUGCUCACCGUUAUGGGUGGAAAUCUGUGUACUUUGGAGAGUAUGGGGACCCACCAAAGUGUAAUGCCUGGGUCGGGCAGUGUGCUCUGUAUAUCCUUGUCAUGGUGGUCACCAAACUUCUAAUGACACUACUGGUGCUUUUUAAAUUUUGGACAGAGGUUCGCAAGUUUAUUAUGGCACCCAUAACUAAUCCAGAUCUGGAAAUUGUUCUAGUCAUGUUUCUUGUACCAUUAGUUGUUAAUGCUAUUGUUUUCUGGGUUGUUGACAAUUUCCUCAAGCACUCAAUCCAAAACUCCAAGAUGAUUUAUGUCAACUCAGUGCCAGAGGGGCGGGUCAAAUACUUCCACAACUCCGACUCUGUUAAGUGUUACAGCCGUAUUGAGCGAUCGGAUGACCCUGACUGUGAUAUGCUGUUGUCAGCUGAGGAAGAAAAUGAUGCUAGAUCUCACUCACUCAAUUUUUCCUCCAACCGCUCGCUCAGUAGAUGAUGGCAGGCGUUAUGUAGUGAUGUUCAUAUUAUUGUUACAUCAAGCUGUUAUGUUGAAAACAAUGUUAUUUAUUUUUUUAGAUGCUUACAUUUAUUGUGAAAUUGACAGUUGUAAUGCUAAAACUAUAAAUAUGUAUUAUUUUGUCAAUGAUUUCAUUUUUUAAAAUUAUAUGAUUCUGAAGAUUGGAUGUAUUUUGAAAUUUAGUAUAAUUUUGACAGUUGUUAUUGUCAUUUUAUUUGAAAAACUUAAAAUAUUAACCUAUUGACAUUUUACAAAAAUUUCUAAAAGCAAUUUAGUAAAUAAAAAGUAUUAUAGAAAACCCAAAAGCAUUUCAUGAUAUCCUAGCUAAAAAUGUCAAUUGAGAUUAACUCAAUACCAUUUGAGUUCUACCUAAAAAAAAUUCACAGCCAAAAUAUUAAUUUUAGAAAUACGUAACUCUUAAGAUACAUAGUAACAUUAAAUAGUUUUAACAAAAUAUAUACAUAGCAAAUUUAAAUAGUUAAUUUCAAAUCAAAUGUUUUCUGACACUGAUGUUUUUUUUUAAAAUAAUAAUGUAGCUGCCUGGUUUGAUGCAUGUUGUUCACAGGCUGCCAGUUGUACAUGUAUUUUUUAACUUCACAUUUAGUUGAACUACAAUCUCUAAUCUGGUGAGGGCAAAUAUUUCUAGGGGCGGUUCACAGUAGUUUAAAAGUCAUUUAAAUUUUGCUGGACUGGAAUAUAACUAUUGCAUACAAAUUAUUUUUACUCAGAUGUUUUGCUAAUUUAUAUAAUUAAUUUGUUAGGAUCAUCUUUUUAACAUAAUCUUAACAUAUUUAAUCCAUUUUAAAAUAUCUAAGUUUACAAGUAAAAAAUUAUACAAAUGAAUGCUUAAACUCUGAAAUUAAUGCGAUUAAAAAAUUAAGCAUCUUAUAAAAUAAUGGAAAUGAUUAUUUGUAUUUCCAUGUCUUCCUUAAGAGAUAUUCAGUGAAGUGAUUCAUUUUGCCAAGUGCUGCUCAAUUUGCUUCAGUGUUCAUCAAAUAUAUACUUAGGUAGCAUUGACUGCGAAGAAGCUCGGGGUAUUUUUUAAUGAAUUUGUGUCAGGGUAGGGUUACUGACUUUGCUAUCAUUGGCUUAUCCAGUUGUUAUUAGUCACCUAUUAGGAUUGAAACAUUUUUUGAACCCUUGAGAAUAUUUUACACUACGGAUUAUUAAAUGAACGCAAACUUGUUACAAUGUUGUCACUUGGUGUUGUGGUAAUAAUGUGUCUACUUGAUCUGUCUUGUAUUAUUUGUUGAGGUCAUAACUAAACAAACAGAUCUUAUCCAACAAGUUGCUUGUUUCAAUAAUGCUUCCAAAAGUCAUGUAACCAUUCCAUCAAGGAAUCCUAAAUAUUGUACUCUAACAUGAUUGUUGAACUAUGAUGAAACUGCUCUUGCCCCAAACCAGCUGAAAUUGUCAAUGUAUAUUUUCUACCUAAGUACAUCCAGGGUUGUACAUUCCCACUGCUGCUGUGUCAAAUGUUACUUAGUACAUCAAAUGAUAGGUUUAAUUGUGACCUGAAUUAUUCCAUGUUUUUGUUAAUGUUUAGUUCUAUCUUGUAACAACGAAACUUAAUUUGUGUCUAUUUAUAUUCAUUAUGUCAUCACACUUGUAUCCAUUGUGCUGUUUACCAUUGGUUUGUCACACUUGUAUUCAUUGUGCUAUUCCAUUGCCAAUAUGCUCGUUUACCAGUCACCUUUAGUGUUGCUUCACGUACAUUGAAACCAAAGAAAGAUGUUUAUAAAACUUUUUUUUUACUUCAAAAGAAACAGAUCUUAAUAUCUCAUAUUUUAAGUUUUGUGUGAGAUUGUAUAGGCUUUUUCAUGCAAUUAUUUAAACAGCACUCUGUAAAAAGUUCAUUAUGUGGUGCUUAUUCUUUUAUCUUGUUUUUGUUGCAAAGAAAGUGAUUGAAUUUCUGCUAAAAAAAAUUUUUAGUUAAUAAUAUGAUGUUUCUCUCUGCAAAAAUUAAGAAUUAUUAUAACAAAAGUUGUAACACAAUAACAGUUAAUAUUUCUUUUAUCCUAAUUAUAUUUUGUAUUAAUUCUAUCAAAUUAUGUCCUUUAUUGAUUUAGGCUGUUUGCUAAAAAAACAGUUCAGAACAUUUUCCUUCAAAUUUUCCCUAUGUAAUUUCAAAUCUUAAUUUUACUGAGCAUGUUAUUAUCCAGAUUAAAUUCCACAGUUAGUUCUAUUAUACAGUUUGAAGCUUACGUAAAAACUUCAAUCAACUUAAUUUAUUUUAGGCUAUUUAUUAACUAGUUUCAAUUCACAUCUCAAGUGAAACUAGGAAUUGUUGGGUUUUUUUUUUUUUAAUAUGAGAAAUUUGUAUUUUGUUUAUUAUAUUUACUCCAUAAGUUGUGAUAUUUGUAUAGGUUAUGUUAUGUCAUGGAAUCAUAAGACUUAAACUGCACUAAUUUAUUUCAUAAUAUCUUACAGUGUUCACAUGUUUAUUCUGCUUCAAAUAUAUACAUAGUUGGUAUUACAAAAACGAUAUUGCAUAAUUUGGGAGUAGUCAUACAUUUGUUGUUGAUUUGUUUGCAUAUCUAUUUUAUGCUUAGCGUUAGUUUUUAGUUUUUCCUUUUUAAAUUUCCAACUUUAUUACUGAAGUCUUCAGAUAUAUAUUUUUAAAAUGUAAACACUUGUUUCUUAAGCUCAUCCAUUACAUUGAACCAAACAUCUUUUUUUUUCAUCAGGUAAUUCAUAAUUACUAAUUUCUUUUACCUUAGAGCAUUUUAACCAAAAACUACUAGAAAUCCUGACAUAAGGGUGCCAAAUUUUAAAAAUUAAAGUUGAGUUAAUGUACAUUAUUAUAUUUCUUUUGCAAAAACUGUUGUUUUUUUUACAGUUUGUGUAAAUUGUAAUUAACCAGCUAAGUCAUUUAACCCUGAAGGUGGUCAUUUUUCAAAAUAGCCUGUAUGUUUCUGUAUGUUUUUCAAGCACAAGAAUUUUUAAUUAAUCAGCUGUGACAAGCUUUAACUGCUGAACAUAGACAUUUUUUCAUCUGUUACUGUAGGUUGGCUUCUUAUCUCCAUACAAAUAGCUUUGCAAUUUUUAAAAAACCAUAUUUUAAUCAGGUUUUGUUAUAUUUAGAAUAUUUACUUUUCUGACUUGUUCAUAGGCUGCGCAUACUGCCCCCACCUCUAGUUUGAAGAGUGAAAAUCCUUGAUCACUAGAUUGUGGUCAGCAGAUCUUUUUUUUUCUCUUGGAAUCAGAUAAACCUCAUGACCCCCAAAUUUUCAUCCCUUUUGUAAUUCCAUGGAUUUAUAAUAGAAUAGUCCCUUGUAAUCCCCACCUUUAUGUAUGUAGACAUAGUCCUAUUGGUCCAACAACAGAGUUGCUCUAGAGACUGUAUAUUGUAUCCUGGAUUUUUUAUUGAACUAUUGUAGGAUCAAUAGCAGUGGAUGAUCUAACAUUUUUGCUGACAAACAUUUACAUGUUUUUACUCUGUGUUGUGUGUUAAAAAGUUCGGUGCUCCCUAGUCGUUGUGACUGUAGCUUAAGCCCUAUUCUCACUCCAUACUAUACCUCAGCUUUUUCAUUUUGUACUGAGUGUUUGAUCAUGCUUGUUUUCUUUACUUCAGACUUUUCUCUGGCAUUUUAUUUAGUUGGUAUCUGGAUAUAAUUGUAUGAGGGUUUUAGGUGGUUUAUUUUUUUAUAAGACUCUAUACUGAUUAGAUUGAUUGAUAGAUUGAUGUUUUAGUUGUGCCUACAGAGGUCUAAGGAAAUUCACAUGUUACUGUUUGAUUUU